AUGGAUAUAGAUUUGGGAUACGACUCGGUCGCCGAAUCGGCGGCUAAGCGUAGGAAGAUCCGCAAAGGGACUAAAAGUUGCUGGGAGUGCAAAAAGCGGAAGAUGAAAUGUGUCUAUGCAGUCCUGGGCUCUCCGACUGAUGCUAAUGUUGAAGCCAUAUGUGUUGGCUGCCAGCAUCGAGGGUCCAAAUGUGUGAGUCAGAAGUAUGAAUUUGUGGAUGGGGGAGAUAAAUCGGGACUUCCCGACCGGAGGGGACGACACCAUGCGAGAGGUCAAGAUAAAGGCCGUAUUACGCGGGUUGAGGCCUUGGUUGAGGAGCUCAUCAAGAAGGUGGACCGCCAUGGGAGUGUAUAUGCACCUGCUAAUAGCGAUAUUCCUGCAUCUAUUCAUGGGAUCCUUACUCCUGCAUCAACAGGCCAAGAAUCUUCACAUUUAUUGUCUUCAAGCAAGCCUUCGAAUGAUUUCGGCCCGACCACAACUGAGGGAAGACAUGAAAACUUAUCCCAGAGAUUGCACGCCUCCCUACCCUCGCGACAAGUAAUCGAGAUGAUAUACAAAUCCCGCGGGAGAAAAGCUAUACUUUUUAACGAGAUCCUAAAUACUCCAUAUGCUGCCCUUAUGCAGAACGGCCUCAAGCCAGCAGAAACUUUACUCGAAAUACCUAGUCCGAACUCACAUCCAGUCCUGAUUGCGAGGCAUAUGCUUUACAUUGCUGGUUUCCUACAACAUAUCAAUCCUGACGCUAUUAGGACGACAGCCGGCUUGCCGGAAUCAUUCCUGGCAUUGAUGAAAAGAUUAACAAAAACAGCCAUUGAUCUGGUUACUACAAAUGACGCAUUCUUUGGCAGCAUCGAAGCACUGGAGUGUGUUAUGCUAGAAAGCAUGUACCAUCAUGACGGUGGAAAUCUACGACGAAGCUGGAUAGCGAACCGAAGGGCUAUGGUCAUUGCACAAAUGAUGAACCUUCACCAAAGUGAAAGUCAAGCAAAAUUUAAGGUGCUUGACAACAAAACAAAAGCUCACCCGCAGUUCAUGUGGUUCCGAAUUGUGUCCCUCGACCGUAAUUUGUGUCUCAUGCUGGGCCUUACUCAAGGCUCCCUCGAUCAGAGCAUGGCCGCCGGUACAGCAUUCAGAGAUGAUAUUCCCAUGGGCCGCCUGGAGAGGAUGCAUUGUACUCUCGCGUCUCGAAUAUUAGAGCGCAAUGAGUCUGACCAGUGUAUCAAUGAUUUCACCCUGACGGAAGAACUUGAUUUAGAGCUACAGAAAGCGGGAAGAACUAUGCCUAGCAAAUGGUGGCUUGUGCCAACACUGGACGGUACAACAGAUGACCCACAAGCCCUCUUUUUGGAUAUGGGGCGCCUUUUCAGCCAAUUAUAUCAUUAUAACUUGCUCAAUCAGCUCCAUUUGCCUUAUAUGCUUCGUUCAUCAUUUGAGCGAAAGUACGAAUAUUCAAGGAUGACCUGCGUGAAUGCCUCUAGGGAGGUUCUCUUGCGAUUUAUUGCAUUUCGUGGUCAAAAUAAGACCAAUUUUUGCUGUCGAACAGUUGACUUCUUUGCACUUAUGGCAGCUAUUACUCUGCUGCUGGCGCAUCUCGAUAGCCACCGAUUUUCACAGACGAGCAACCUCUUAGCGCACCAAUAUCUUAGUGAUCGUGCAAUGAUAGAGCAAGCGCAGGUGAACAUGGAAGAGAUCAGUCAAAUUAAUGGCGAUGCUUUAAGUGCCCAAAGUGCGAGCUUAUUGCAUAAGUUGCUAGCCAUUGAUUCCGAAACAGCAGGUGGCGUCAGUACGGAGAGUGUUAGCGUUCAGACGCCAGGAAAUGAAAUUUUACAGUCAAGCGAAAACGACAGCAACGUCGUCCGCGUACAAAUACCCUACUUCGGUGUCGUCAGAAUUGCCCGUCGGGGAGUUGUUUGCAAAGAAACAACACAUCUACCAGCUCCGACGACUGGUAUCAAUAACACUAAAAACUCGGAAGCUGCAUUGCGUGAUUCCCGCUCUGGUCUCUUGGAGGGAAAUACAUUCCCUCAAUCGAUGACUGCAGGGGAAUGCAGCUCUUUCGAUGGCAUUCAUUCUCCCCCGGCCCAGUUCACAUCGCGAUACCAAGAUGUGGCUUCUGAUACGCUCCCACAUAACUAUGAGGAUCCUUUGCUGACUGCGGGGGUGGACGACUGGGCAUUCCAAGGCGUCGAUAUGGCUUUCUUUGACAACAUAAUGAGAGGACUCGAUAACGAAAAUAAUUCACAAACGUGGGGUGAUAACCCUUACUCUUAA